GUUAGCCGCGGUUCGCUGUACUAAUUCCGGUCAGCUACCUUUCCCCUUCUCGCUCCUUCCUCGGAAACACCCCACAAACCGCGUUCACACGCUUAUUCACCGUAACAUAUGUAAACCCCCGCCCAGCCCAACUUCCCCAUCCGCACCGCACCCACCAUCCAAUCUCUCCGCUCUGCGAUUCCUCGCUCUCUUCUCAUCCCCCUCUCGCUGAACGAAGCACCAAACUCUCCAGUCUCUACUAGGAGUAAUAGGAGAGAUCGUUGUAGAGACGUCCACCCUGGAUUUAUAUAUGAACGCCCUUCCCAGUCCUUUCCUUCUCUCUUUGGAAGACGACUAUUCCUACUACUCUUCCUUCUUCCAGGACGCUAUCCCCAGCCUCCCCUCCCCUGCUCCUCCGUCGGAGAUAGAGAUGCCCAAUAGAAAGCGGAAGCGGGGCGGGGAACCCGCCGAAGCGGACCCCAACCCUCUCCGUAGCAGGAACGGAUCCAGCUCCUGCCGGGAAAGCGCCGAUUCCGACUCUGACACCCUCAAUUCCAACGCUGCCACCUCCUCCUCUGCCACCACCGGUGGCGGCGGUGGGGGAGGUCCGUCGCCGCACCAGCAACGGCGGCUCUGGGUGAAGGAAAGGUCCCGGGACUGGUGGGACCGAUGCAAUCACCCGGACUUCCCGGAAACUGAGUUCCGGCGGGCCUUCCGGAUGGGCCGUGCCACCUUCGAGUUCCUAUGCGACGAGCUCGGCGCCGCCGUGGCCAAGGAGGACACGACGCUCCGGGCGGCGAUCCCGGUCCGGCAGCGCGUCGCUGUCGGCGUCUCCCGACUCGCCACCGGCGACCCCCUCCGCGUCGUCUCCAAGCGCUUCGGCCUCGGCAUCUCGACCUGCCACAAGCUCGUCCUCGAGGUCUGCUCUGCCAUCAAGACCGUCCUCAUGCCCAAAUUCCUCCAGUGGCCGGAGCCCACCGCCACCGCCCGCCGCUUCGAGGCCCUCGCGGGGAUCCCCAACGUGGUCGGAUCCAUGUACACCACUCACAUCCCCAUCAUCGCCCCCAAGGCAAACGUCUCCGCCUAUUUCAACCGCCGCCACACCGAGCGCAACCAGAAGACCUCCUACUCCAUCACCGUCCAGGGGGUGGUGGACCCCAACGGAGUCUUCACCGACGUCUGCAUCGGGUGGCCGGGGUCGAUGCCCGACGACCAGGUUCUCGAGAAGUCGGCGCUCUACCAGCGAGGAAUCGGCGGCCUGUUGCAGAACCAGUGGAUCGUUGGCGGCGCCGGGUACCCUCUAAUGGAUUGGUUGCUGGUGCCCUACACCCAAAAGAACCUGACUUGGACGCAGCACGCCUUCAAUGAGAAGGUUGAGGAUGUCCAGAGGGUGGCGAAGGAGGCUUUCGCGAGGCUGAAGGGGCGGUGGGGCUGCUUGCAGAAGAGGACUGAGGUAAAGCUCCUGGAUUUGCCGGUGGUGCUCGGGGCUUGCUGCGUUCUUCAUAACAUAUGUGAGAUGAGGAACGAGGAGUUGGAACCGGAACUGAGUUAUGAGCUGGUAGACGACGAGAUGCUGCCCGAGAAUGGCCUCCGAUCGGUGAGUGCGAUGCAGGCUAGGGAUAACAUUGCUCAUAAUUUGUUGCAUCAUGGCCAUGCUGGCACGGCUUUCUUGUACAUAGUUGGCAUUUUUGGUUUUACCUGUACUAUAAAACUUGUAGAACUUUCGCUCGAUGACAAGGCUCUGAAAGAUGGCUCAAGUACAGAGAGUAGGGAAAGAUUGGUCAACACGCGAUCAAAGGGAAACCACGUUCGGCCUCCUCCCCAGCCGCCUCCCCGCCCCCGUCUUCGUUCUCCGCUUCUCUUCUCGCGGCAGCGGAUGGCGGGCGUCUCCGGCGACGCCACCGCGACCGUGGCCGUCGCUGUGUGCAGCGGCAGCAGGAGCCGCCGCGCGGUCCGCUGGGCGGCGGCGAACCUCGUUCCCCAUGCCCAUAGUGUCCUCCUCCUCCACGUCAUCCCCACCGUCUUUUCCAUUCCCUCCCCAUCCGGGGAGCGUGUCCCAAUUGAGCGAAUGGAGAGCGAGGUGGUGGAGAUGUAUAUCAGUGAUCUCAAGUUGAAGCACCAAGAAGUCUUCGUCCCGUUUAAGAGGCUCUGCGGCACAAAAAACGUUGAGACUUUGGUGUUGGAUGGAGAGAAUCCUGCGGCCGCUCUAUUGAGAUAUGUUUCAGAUUCGGGCACCAAGAAUUUGGUGUUGGGAUCCUCUUCCAUUAGAUGGAUCAGAAGGAUUUUAAAAGGCCCAGAUGUGCCCACUACCAUCCUGAAAUCUGCCCCAUAUUCUUGCAAUAUUUUUGUUGUGUCACGGCGGAAGCUCACUAUGAAACUUGCUAAUCAAUCAAUCGAUGAUGGGCCCACUAUUAGUAUGCCAAUACAAACAACUAGUCACAAAUCAUUUGAUCGAAUGAGAAUGAAAAAAACCUUCGAUAACCAAUCUAUACUUAGUUCGGAAAGCAAUGGAACAUCACAUAUAUCAGCGCUGGCAGAUGUUGGUUCACACUCUCAAGCCCGCAGCAGUUGCAGCUCUUCUACUAAUGCUUGCCAAAAUUCAGAAAAAGCACUAUUAUUACCUUGUACUGGAGGCCAGGGAAACUUGGAUAACAAUAACCAAACACAGAGGAUAUAUGAUAUUGUGGCUUCUGUCAAAGACAUCCCUUUUGUGAUUUCACACUCCACAAAAGAGUCCAAAGCUCCAGCUGAAGUAGUAAAGUUGAGGAUAGAGUUACAGAAUACUCUGGCAAUGUACAACCGAGCUUGUGAAGAUCUGGUCCAUGCGAAGAAAAAGGUCCAAUUGCUUUCUGCUGAAUUCUCUGAGGAGGCAAAGAAAGUGAAAGAUGCGCUAGAGAGAGAGGAAACAUCAAAACGGAUUGUAGCAAAAGAGAAGGCCAAGCAUUUGGAAGUCAUUAAAGAAGUUGAGGAAGCAAGGCAAUUGCUUGCAAAGGAGGCCUUGGACAGACAUAAAGCAGAAAUUGUUGCCAGCAAUGUGUCGUUGGAGAAAUCAAGAGUAGUAAAUGCCCUUCUCUCAAAUGACAAAAGAUGCCGAAGGUACUCAAGGAAUGAAAUAGAGGUUGCGACUGAUAACUUCUCUGAUGCCAAGAAGAUUGGUGAAGGAAGUUAUGGUGAUGUAUACAGGUGCAACCUUGACCACACACCAGUGGCUGUCAAGGUUCUUCGGCAGGAUGCAGGUGACAAGAAAGAGGAGUUCCUAAGAGAGGUCGAAAUUCUUAGCCAACUUCGUCAUCCCCACAUGGUUUUACUUCUUGGAUUCUGCCCUGAGAGUGGGUGUCUUGUAUACGAAUACAUGGAGAACCGGAGCCUAGAAGAUCAGCUAUUUUUCAGGGAGGGCAAACAGCCACUCCCAUGGUUUAUCCGAUUUCGAUUAAUUUUUGAAGUGGCCUGUGGACUUGCUUUUUUACAUGGAACCAAGCCUGAGCCUAUUGUUCACCGUGAUCUGAAACCAGGAAACAUUUUGUUAGAUCGGAAUUAUGUAAGCAAGAUCGGUGAUGUUGGACUGGCAAAGCUCUUGUCAGAUAUUGUACCCGAUGGUCUUACAGAAUACAGAGAAACCAUUCUUGCUGGUACACUUUAUUACAUGGAUCCUGAAUAUCAACAAACUGGCACAGUCCGACCAAAGUCUGAUUUGUAUGCUUUAGGAAUCAUUGCCCUUCAAUUGCUGACUGCAAAGCAUCCAAAAGGACUUAUUUUACAUGUAGAGAAUGCAAUUAAAGGAGGUUCUUUCGCUGAUGUGCUUGACAAAUCAAUAUCAGAUUGGCCACUUGUAGAAGCAGAGAAAUUAGGAAAGCUUGCAUUGAAGUGCUCCAGACUAAGAUGCAGGGACAGGCCAGAUCUUGAAUUAGAGGUUCUGCCAGAACUCGAAGAACUUAUGAAUAUGGCGAAUGUUUGUUUUAAGUUAAGGCAGUGCAACGUUUAUGCGCCUAGCCACUAUGUCUGUCCCAUACUACAGGAAGUAAUGGAUGACCCCUAUGUUGCUGCCGAUGGAUAUACAUAUGAAUACAGAGCAAUCAAAGCAUGGCUUGAAAAACAUCAGAUAUCUCCUGUCACCAAAGUUAAGCUUUCUCAUACCUCCAUAAUCCCGAAUCAUUCACUGCGUUCAGCUAUACAAGAAUGGAGGUCGCAUGCGGCAUUCUUAACUUCCUGAAAAGAAGAGAGCUGGAUAUGCUGUAUAUAUUCAUGCUGUAAGCUUAAGAAAUGGCUUUGGAUUAAGAUUUAUGUAGGUGAUGCAGAUGGGAAAUAGUUGAUUUUUGGAGAAAGUGCAUGCCAAAUGCUGCCUGUGUAUAUAGAAAUGUGGAAUAGCCUGUGCCCUUUUCUAUGGUUAGCAUAGACAACCAGAACAUGCUAUUCAUAAACAGAAGCAUGGUAUCGUUUUAGAUGUGUUUGAUUACCUUCUUGAAAUUGCCCCAGCAAUUGAUAGACUAGGCAAUGUAUGUUGAAAUUUUAGUAUUCAAUGUCAAUGUAAUUGAUUGUGCUGCAUGUAUGAGAAAGACAGAUGAUGCUGCAUCAUUAGUAAAAUAGUGCUUCAUGAAGUUGCUCAUA